AUGCGAAGAGGACCACCAAACAAGGACCGCCCACCGCCUCCAGACGGAGGCUGGGGGUGGGUCGUCGUGUUCUCCUGUUCGGUGUGCAUGGCUCUGACGAUGGGACAGGCGAGAUCGUUUGGAAUCUACCUCUUGGACAUAGUCGAAUCUCUUGAUACGGACGUCUCCAGAGUAGCUCCAAUACAAGGUCUCAGCCAGGCGAUAUCGAUGAUAAUUGGGCCGGCGGCGAGCGUUAUGAUAAGAAAGAUUGGACUCAGAACAACGGGUAUUAUCGGAGGAUUUCUCGCUGGCCUUGGAAUGAUCUUGGGCUAUAUCUCCCAUAAUCUUGUCCUUCUCUACAUUACCGUUGGCGCCAUCAAUGGAGUUGGUUCGGGCAUAGUCAACAUAAUUACAUUCGGAGCCAUUAGCGCAUACUUCGAAAAACGCGUAGCUCGCGCCAUCGGCAUGGCGAUGGCAGGCGCCGGUUUGAUUGGUCUGCUGAUACCGCUGCUCGUGAAAUGGCUGAUCGACGAGUACCGCUACACGGGAGCGAUGCUCAUCAACGGCGCCAUCAUCCUCAACAUCAUCCCACUCUGCGGUCUCAUCAUUCCGCUGGAGGAGCUCGCUAAAGCGGACAAAGCCGCUGCGAGCACGCCCGCAAAGCCGUCAUACAAUACGAGCCUGAGCACGAGCCAGCUGCUCGAACACAGCGAGUCAACUGUCUUACCAGAAACCGACGGAAUGGCGUCAACGAACGACAACGUUUCGAUAAACGUGGACAAGAGGGAAGCGGCCGGCGGUCCGCCGCCGCCUCCUCCCGCAGACAAACCGCACACGUUCGCAUGGGACAUACUCAAGGACGCUCGCUUCUGGAUCAUCUGUCUCUGCCUGAUCUUCGGCGAUGCGGCCGUGAUGAACUUCAUCAUCUACCUGCCGCUGCUGAGCGUCGAGAUCGGCGGCGACAACAUCAACGAAGCCAUCAACGUCUCCCUGAGCGGCGUCAUCUCUGCAGUCAACAUGCUCGCCUGGGGCGCGCUCUGGGAUUUCGGCGUCUUCAAGAAGCCGAUCUCGCGUCAGAUCGGAUUCGCCGUUCUCGGCAUCGUCAACGGCAUCGUCGUCGGCAUGACGGGCGUCAUCAGCAGCUACUCGUUUCUCAUGGUCUGGGUGAUUUUCAUACAGCCGACGCUGAGCGUCGGCUCCGGGUCGCCCCUGCACGUCGUCAUACGCGACAUCGCGACAAUGGAGAAGUUCCCGGACAUGUUCUCGGCGUCGGGCUUCAUUCGCUCGCCCUUCACGUUCCUGGGUUCAAUCGUCGUCGGUGCUUUCUACGAAAAGAUGGGUAGCAGUGCGAGCUUGGUCUACAUGCUUCUGGGUGGCUGCGCAAUGGCAGCGGGAUUGCUGGGAAUCCUAAUUCCCAUCAUCUCGCUGACAUUCUACGCACCUCCGCCACCGCCUCCUGAGACCGUCACGGACAAGGAGAACCCGACGGAGGACACAAGGUUUUGA